GUUCCUGCAUGGAAUACUCCUGUGCCCAUCUACUUUGAAGAAUAACUAUUUUCUACUUUCUCAGCGGGUGAGGACUGCCAGCUUUACUAAAAAGAAAUUCUCUUUCUUCGCUUUAACAGGAUUUAAAAACUCAAUUGGUUUCCCUCUGGAAUGUCCACGUGUCCUAUGUUUCUGUGUGUCUGUUCCUAUCAACAUUACGAUGAAACUAUUUUUUCGCUGUCUUUUUUUCCUUUUUAAUCCUGUUACCUCCUUGGAUAUAAAUGUGAGAGUUGGCACUUGUUGUGCUGUAGGGGCUAUUUCCACAAAAGGCUUGACAAGUACGUUUCACUACUCACUAGAAAAUUGUGCAACUGCAACAGGUGGAAUUCCAAAAAGGUUUAUUAGAGUCUGAUCUUCUUUUGCUUUUUGAUUGAUGAUCUGAUAGAUUUCUUUUUACAGAGAGAAUCCCCCUGCAAUGAUGAGUCCAGCUCAAGGUCUGAACCUAGGGGACCGUUUCUAUGACUUUCCUUCAUUUGGAGACAGAGCCAUCUCGUUUCAUGAAGAUGUCUCUGCCAUAACCAGAUUUGAAGAUGAGGAGACAGAAUAUGAAGAGGAUUUCACACUUUAUUCUCCAAUGGGCCGCCCCAAAAGAAAACGAGUGAUCACAUAUGCCCAGCGCCAAGCUGCCAACAUCAGAGAGAGAAAGCGGAUGUUUAACCUCAACGAAGCCUUUGAUCUGCUCCGAAAAAAGGUACCAACUUUUGCCUAUGAGAAGAGGCUUUCCCGCAUAGAAACGUUACGCCUUGCCAUAGUGUAUAUAUCCUUCAUGACCGAAAUGCUGAAAAACUCUGAAAAUAAAAAAUAGGACAUGUGACAAUGGCGCCAGUGCCCAUGUUUAACAUAUACAUUCAAACAAAUACCUGUUUAUGGUCCAGCAGUCAAAGUGUGUUCUUCACCUUUCUCUUGGGCCAUUCUAGUAUAAAUAAAAUACUCCCAUGGGAUAGCGUUAAUACAAGAAAGGGAGCUGAAAAUGAGUUCACAGCCCUAUGUACUAAUAUUGUAAAUAAACAUAAAUGUUUUCAGAUUCUACUAUUCAACAUAAAAUGUAAACUAAUUUUAUUUUUGUGCUUAAUAUUGUAUUUCAUUAUAUUACAAUGAUGUAUUAUCUAUCUACUUUAGUAGAUAAACUAUGUAAAAAAAUGAGACUUUCUGUGGAAUGUAUUGAUAAAAGUGUAUCUUGUAUAAAGAUUAAAUGAUAAAUUAAUUGUAA